AUGGCUCGGCGUCCACGUCUUGCGGCGCAAGCUGCUCAGGCCUCCAUGCGAACCCCUAUCCCUAACAUAUCCGACAAUGAAGACGAAGAAAUGCCAGAUUCCCUACCUGCAGAGGCGCCUACACCGCAAGAAGAUGAUGAGGACGGAGAGAAUGAAGAGGAGGAAGAUGGGACGAAUGAAGCAGAAGCCCCGACUCCAUCACGAGAAUCGGAGCCGCCGUCUCGAUCCGCGACUCCUCGCCGCGGCCGCCCUCCCUUACCGCGUGGGCGGCGAGGAGGGAGGCUAGGCAGGCCUCCAAAGCACCGUGUUGCGACCGGAUCUGAAGAUGGAGAUAACGAUGCUGCUUCUGAAACUGCCACCCCCAAGCGAAGAGGAGGUUAUCGAGGUCAAAGGGGGGGAAGAUGGGCCAAAUACAGAGCAGGAGGGUCACGACCACAACAAGCUCCUCUCGACGAUGACGGAAAUCCGAUGGAGAUUGUAAAUGAUGAAGUUCUCCUGCCCGAAGACCCAGAAGGUGAACAGAAAGUUGACAAGAAUGGCCGCCUGCUGGGCGGAAGAGAAUAUCGCGUACGGACGUUCACUAUUCUCGGCCGGGACGACAGACUCUAUAUGCUUUCAACAGAACCAGCACGAUGUAUUGGAUUCCGCGACUCGUAUCUUUUCUUUCAGAAGCACAGGCACCUCUACAAAAUCAUCAUCGAUGACGAUGAAAAGCGGGAUCUCAUCGAGAGAGACUUGAUACCUCACUCUUAUAAAGGUCGCGCAAUUGGCGUGGUAACCGCUCGCUCUGUGUUUCGAGAGUUCGGGGCUAGGAUUAUCAUCGGAGGAAGAAAGGUGAUCGAUGACUACGAGACCAGGAAAGCACGAGAACGGGGCGACGUCGAAGGCGAAAUAGCCGUCCCAGAAGACCGCUUGCCACCUCCCGGAGAACCUUACAAUCGAAACCAAUACGUGGCAUGGCAUGGGGCCAGUGCAGUUUACCAUACCAACACGCCCAGUGUGCCUCUCCCUCUCGCAAAGGCGCAAGAGGCCAAGCGGCGAAAAAUCGUGGUAACAAGCGACAACUGGAUGCUGGAACAUGCAAGGGAAGCCAGCCGCUUCAACGCGCAGUUGACGGCCAACCGUCGGGAAAACAUCAACGGUGUCUACGACAUACAUACCAACGUCAUGCAGUAUCCAGCCCAUAUGCAACCAACACAUGCACGAUGGGAGAUCGUUGACGACGAAGAGGUAACUGAAGACCUGGAGAAAACAGGCCGGCUUCCUCACAUCGACCCGGUAUAUGGACGAAACUUCCGUAUUCAUGACCUCUGUCUCGAAUCGGCGCCAGAAUCGUGGUACGAGACGCCUGGCACUACCGAUGAAGGAAGAGGCCUCUCUGCAAUUCCAACGAGUAUACUUGAAGAGCUUCCUGCCGACUGUCUACGCGCGUUUGAAGAAGCCAAAUCACGCGAAGCCGAAUGGCGGGCAAAGUGGCAUACGGAACGGGAGGAUGGGCUGCGAGCACGCCUAUUGCCUUCCUUUGAAUGGUUUCCAAAGUGA